AUGGCAAGCCAGAACUCCAACCCCAACGCAGACCCUGUCUUCUUCGGUGGCAUAGAAGUCGACAUCACCCAAUUCGAUUUCAGCGACCAUACUUCGAAGGUCAACAGUCUUACGAUAACAUGCGCAGUCUUCAUCGCUCUGGUGGUGUUGACUGUCGGUCUCCGCCUCUUCGCAAGAGCGAAAUACUAUCUCUUCAUCUGCCAAAUCCUAUACGCCUUUGCUAUUGCGUUGACGAAGAUCGCCAUCAUAUCGUCGUACCUGCGUUUCAUCCACGACAAGACCUUCCGCAUCUGGAUGUACGCGAUAUCUGUGUGCAUCGUCGGUCUAUGGAUUUCGGGUAAGACAAGCCACAGUUACCGACACGUGACAUGUGCUGAAGUACUGUUAGGAAUCUUCGUCACCAUCUUCCAAUGCCGUCCGGUCCAAGGAGCGUGGGACUUCACCCUCGAACCAGUGUGCGUCGACUACGUCACCUAUCUAUACGCCAGCUCCGCCGUUAAUGUCGCGACGGAUCUCCUCCUUUGCGCGUUACCUAUACCUCAUAUUUGGAGGCUGAACAUGCCAAAAAGGCAACGAAUCGUUCUCUGUGUGCUACUGGCAGGAGGUGCAAGGUAUGUGUAG